CAUUUCCCAAUGAUGUCAGGAGCUGAAAGACUAAAAGUAUAAGAAAUAGUCAUGGACCGAAGCUAACAAAUCUCUUGCAUUUCAUCUUCAAUACCCUCCAUAGCACAUCUCGCUAUCUUUUCAAGCUCACCAGCACUCCAUAAUCAACAAACGCCAGCAUGUCAAAAUCCCUCUUUGCGGUCUUCGGUGCCACGGGCAACCAAGGCAAUUCCACCGCGCAAUUCGUUCUCAAUGACCCGGAGCUUUCACAACGCUAUGCCGUCCGGGCCAUCUCCAGAGAUACAUCCAACCCCAAGAUGCAAGACUUGAAGUCCAAGGGCGCUGAACUGGUGCAAGCCGACCUGGAUGAUCCCUCUUCCCUACCUGCAGCCUUAAAAGGGGUCGAAUUUGUCUUCUUUAUGACAACAACCCAGUACCAAGGCAACACACGCGAAAUCGAGACAAGGCAAGCGAAGAGCUUUUGCGAAGCAGCGCUGGCGCAAAGUGUAAAAUACAUCAUCUUCAGCUCUAUGUCGCACCCCUACAAGAUCACAAAAGGCGUAUUGAAGAAUGUGGAGCACUUUGACGACAAAGCCGAAAUCGAGCAGUACAUUAGAACGCUGCCGGUGAAAAGCGCCUUCUUCGCGCCGGGGUCCUUCAUGCAGAACUUCCAUUCCAGGAUGAAACCACGCCCCAGCUAUACCGGAGACGGGACAUAUUUCGUCGCGAACAUUGGCAAUAGCGAUACAAAGUACCCGCUCAUCGACAUCACUGACACGGGUAAAUGGAUCGGUGCCAUCCUCGCCUCGCCAGAGGAAUACGAAGGCAAAUUCCUUGCCGCUGCUGAAGGCUUAUACACGAUGGACGAGGCGUGUGCAAUUAUCGAGAAAGUCACGGGAAAGACGGUAAAAUAUCAGCAGUUGCCAGAUGAAAUGUUCAAGGGGUUCUUACCAGAGGGAAUGAGGGAGCCGCUGUAUGAAAUGUUCGUGCUGCAGCGAGAUUAUGGAUAUUAUGGGGAGACUAUGGAGGAGCAAGUGGCGUGGGCGAGAGAGCAGGCAAGAAGCAAGUUGAUAGGCUUGGAGGAGUUCUUGAGGAGGGAGAAGUACACGGUGGAGUAAUUGCUAGCUGAAUCAUAGAAUGACAAGAUGGGAUGUUCAUAUUAAUGAAAGA